AUGAAUAACAACAACACUUUAGUAUUUGUGUUCGCCGCUGCUGAUGCCAAUAACGGUAUUUUCGAUGAUGAUGAUGAUGAUGAUGAUUCUGUUCUUCUUCUCAACGACGACGACGUGAACGCGAAAGAAGAGGACGAACAAUUCGCGCGGAUUUUAGAGGAGAAUGAGAGCGAGGAGGAGAAGAGACACGAAAAUGGCAACAAAACGAUGAUGACAAAAGAACGUUUCCGAGAACUCCUCGAGUCGUACUCUGAGACGAGUGGUAAAAACAACAACAAGACAAAAGGAAUAAACGCGAUCGAUAUCGCGGUGUAUUUAGUGGAGAAGAAACUGGUAAAAUCAGUCGAGGAAGGAUUGUUAUUGGUGAAAGAGGAAGACGUGGUGACGGCGAGUUUGUUGAGAGUGAAGAACGCGGAGAAGAGGUGGUCGGAUGUCAUCGCCGCGGACGAGUGGAAGAAAGAGGAGCUUUUAGGAGGACGACGACAACAACAACAACACGUAAAAAACGCCAAGUGCGAAACCGGGCAAAUUUGCUUUACCGUUCAAGACGCGCGCGAAAUGCUCGAGAGAUGCAAAGGUCUUGGUGGUUCGCAAGCCGCGAAAGUCAUUUUGUGUUGCGAGUGCGUGGAUUCCAGUUUACUCAAAACGGACGAGGAGAAACGAUUCGCCGAGGACGAGGAAGACGUCGUGGACGUGUUGCAAGACGUGGCCGGGGUUAUAUUCUUGAAGGACGAUCGGUUUGGCGCGGAAUUAUCGAAGAAAGAGUUUGGGUUGGCGUGCGUGUCCGGUGCGAACGAUGAUAUAUAUAGCGAUGAUGGUAACGACGAUGGCGAGGGAGGAGGAUAUUCGAUAAAAAUUGAUAAAAAGUCUCGCAAGUUUGCAAAGUUCACGACGACGACUUUUAGUAGCAGCAAUAGCAACAACAACAAUAACAACAACAAAAAAGAAAGCACGACGAUUUUGCACACCGGAGAUUACGUCACCAUCGACGGUCAAAACGGCGUCGUCUAUCGCGGCGCCGUCGAACUCGUGCCGCCGGUCAAGUCGGAACGAAACAAGCUGUUCUUCGAAUGGCUCGCGCAAAAAUCCAAAUUCUUAAACGCGAUUCGGAUAUUUGCCGAGUGUGAUUCUGCGGAUGCCAUCGACGAGUACGUUGAUGAAAAUAAUAAUCGCGACGGAACGAGCGUUGGCGGAGGCGACGCGUCGAACUUUAUCGGCGUCGGUUUGGUGAAAGUUGAGAACGUCCUCAAGAAAUAUCGAGGCGGCGAUGCGAGGCAGGCUUUACACAUGCUUUUGUGCGCAGAGACGAAAGAUGAGAGAUACGAAGCGUUGGAUAUGCUCGCACCGCAUUUGCGGUACGAUUUUGAGGACAUGUUCAAGGCCUCGUUCCAACCUGAUCAGAAGAACGAAGAAAAUUCGAGGGUGAUAGUGCGUUUACUGGACGAACCGCUGCACGCGUUUCUGCCGGAUUCGGAAAAUUUGAACGAUUUAGUGCCAUUAUUAGCGGUUGAUUCCGGUAAGGACGAACGAGACGUCGUAGAAAUCAUAGAGCAAAACUUGCUGGACGAAGUAAAUCCUGAUUUUGGAUUUCGAGGCUGUCGGGUUGGAGCUCUCUAUCCGGAAAUCACGAAAGCGCAAGUGCGCGCUCUCCUCGGCGCCGCGUACGGAGUGAAAGAAUUCUUCACGUUUGCAGCAGAACCACCGGUUGUGGACAUAUGCAUACCGAACGUCGCCUCGGCGGAGGAAUUUGAACACCAGUUGAAUUUAAUCCGGAACGUUGCGGAAGAAUUUUCAUUCUUGGAGGAGAAAACCAACUCAAAAAUCGCCUACCGCGUAGGCGCCAUGCUCGAGACGCCGAGGUCGUGUUUGAUUGCGGGCGAUUUAGCAAAAAUGGGAGCAGAAUUUUUAAUCGUCGGGUUAGACGAGCUCACAGAAACAACAUACGGCGUCAGCGUGGAAGAUAGUCACAAAUUCUUUCCGCGCUACUUGUACGGUGGCGAAGAUAUGGACAUUAAUGGCGACGAAUUCGAUUUCGAUGAAGACGACGACGACGACGACGAAGAGAACGACGUGAAAGAUAUCGCCAGAGAGGAGCAGGAAGAGGAAGAAAACGCAAUCAUAUGGAAGUUUAAUCCCUUCAUCGCAUGGGACGAUAAAGGUGUCGGGCGGCUCGUACAAUCAGCUAUUAACGAGGCGAGAGAAGUAAAUCCGAACAUCGACGUCGUCGCGUGCGGUCAGAUGUGCGGUCACCGCGGCGCCGAUUUCAUAUACGGAAAGUUCCAAGAUUUGAACGUGAAUGGCGUUUCGGUCGACCCUAGGUUCAUCGCCGUGGCGAGACUUCGCGCGUUGCAGGCGAUAAUAGCAAAGAAUAGGAAGUAG